CAGAAGGAAGUUUUGUUCCUGCACAUAAAUGAUGGGAGUUCUCUGGAAAGCCUCCAGGUGGUUGCUGAUCCCAGCCUGGAAAAGAGAGACCUGACUUUUGGAAGUGCAGUGGAAGUGCAAGGGAAGCUUGUCAAAAGUCCACAUAGGAUGCAAAACAUGGAGCUGCAGGCUGAAACCAUUCGUGUGGUGGGACCUUGUGAUAUUUGGAAUAAUGGAUAUGUACAUAUUCAUACCCCCAUAAUUACAUCCAAUGACUGUGAAGGUGCUGGGGAACUCUUUCAAAUUGCGACAUCAAGAGAGGCAAAGGAUUCUGCAGAAGAGACCCAUUUCUUCAAUGUGCCUGCCUUCCUGACAGUUUCUGGCCAGCUCCAUUUGGAAGUAAUGGCAGGGGCGUUUACUCACGUGUUCACCUUCGGCCCGACGUUCCGAGCGGAAAACUCGCAGAGUCGCCGGCACUUGGCGGAGUUCUACAUGGUGGAAGCUGAGCUGUCCUUCACUGAAAGCCUUCAGGACAUCAUGCAGGUUAUGGAAGAUCUUUUCAAGACAGUGACAAGCACUGUGCUCUCCAAAUGUCCUCGUGACGUUGAGCUUUUUCAUAAAUACAUAGCUCCUGCACAGAAGGGCAGGUUGGAACAAAUACUGAAGCACAAAUUUAUGAUAAUUUCCUACAGUGAAGCAGUGGAAAUUUUGAAGCAAGCUCCUCAAACUUUCACUUUCAAGCCAGAGUGGGGCUGUGACCUCCAAACGGAACACGAGAAGUACCUGGUGAAGCACUGUGGGGAGGUUCCUGUGUUUGUCAUUAACUACCCGUACGACCUCAAACCUUUCUACAUGCGGGACAAUGAAGAUGGACCUCAGCACACAGUUGCAGCUGUUGAUCUCCUUGUACCAGGAGUAGGGGAGUUGUGUGGAGGCAGCUUGAGAGAAGAGCGACUGCCCUUCCUUGAAUCACGCUUACAGAGAUUAGGACUCACAGAUGCCUAUCAAUGGUAUCUAGACCUCCGAAAAUUUGGAUCAGUUCCUCAUGGAGGCUUCGGAAUGGGGUUUGAACGCUACCUGCAGUACAUCUUGGGAGUUGACAAUAUCAAAGAUGUUAUACCUUUCCCCAGGUUUUCUCACUCCUGUCUCCUGUAGCUCAGCAGUUGACUCACGUGGAGAAAAGCGCUUGUAACUGCGUGUAUAACAUACCAGG